AUGAAACAUGAUCUGAUGGAACAGCAAAGGAAUUACAGAGAGUCGCAAAAUGAAAUUAUGCUUGGAAUAAAAAAGGAAUUCGAAGGUCUGCAAGAGAAUCUGAUGCAGAGACAAAAGCUCUACGAAGAGUCGCAACAAAAUGAAAUGCACGCAUUAGAAGGGAAAAUUUGUGAUAUAGCAACGGUGGUUCAAACAUUGGAAAAAGCAGGAAAAUCUUUGAUGGCUGAUUUGAAGAAUGAACGAGGCAUUAUUAAAGAUCUGCAAAAGAAUUUUUCGGAAGAGGAAAAGAAAAUUGAAGGUUUAAAGGCGAAUAUACAGGCGUUGAAAGAGCAAAUCAAUGCCCGUGAAUUUGAAGAGGUCAUUCCACGUAAGAGUCUUUGGCAACAAUUUAAGGAAAGCAAUGUCAUCGUGAAAGUAAUUGUGGUGGCUAUUCCUAUGUCAGUCAUUGUAGCCAUCUAUGUCAUAAGAAGAUAUUAUAUGUCUAAACAAAGGGCGAUUGCCGCUGAAUCUGUCAAGGAUAAUGAAAAUGACAAUUUGCUACCUGUGCCAUGGCGUUCAUUACACAAAACAUUAACAGAAAUUCCGGAGAUAAAAGACGACCUUAUGCAAAACAUAACGGAGGAGUUGAAAAAUCAUGAUUCUACACUCAAUAUUUUACUUCUUGGUGAAACUGGGAGUGGAAAAUCGUCCUUUGUGAAUGCAUGUUUCACAGCCUUGUUACAAGAAGGACAAUACAUUGCAAGGGCUACAGCUGGAGCAAUGACCAGCGAUAGUGUAACUCUAAGG